AUGGUCCUUUCUUCUGAACAAUCAUGGGCAUAUUAUAAUUAUGAAAAUUCCGUUGACCUUAGUUACAACCUCAUUGGUGGUGAAAUCCCUUCUCAACUUGAAUAUCUUUCACACCUUAAUUUAAGGAAUAAUAAUCUUACAGGAGUGUUUCCCCAAUCUCUUUGUAAUGUCAAUUAUGUGGACAUUUCCUUCAAUCAUUUAAAGGGUCCUCUUCCAAACUGUAUUCAUAAUGGUUAUAACAUAAUAAUAUGGAACGACAAUGCAUAUAUCAACAAAAGAAGUAAUAAUAUAAACUAUGAUGUUGUCAUUGUUCUUCCUAUCCUUUUGAUUCUGAUCUUAGCCUUCUCACUUCUAAUAUGCUUCAAACUUCGUCAAAAUUCUACUAAGAUCAAGCUUGCAAACACAACAAUAUCAACAAAGAAUGGGGAUUUGUUUUGUAUAUGGAAUUUUGAUGGAAAAAUAGCACACGAUGACAUUAUUAAAGCAACAGAAGACUUUGACAUUAGAUAUUGCAUUGGGACAGGAGCAUAUGGAAGUGUUUAUAAGGCACAAUUACCAUGUGGAAAAGUUGUUGCAAUAAAGAAACUUCACGGCUAUGAAGCAGAGGUUCCAUCUUUUGAUGAGAGUUUCAGAAAUGAAGUGAAAAUAUUAUCAGAUAUAAAGCACCGACAUAUCGUGAAGCUUUAUGGAUUCUGUCUCCACAGAAGAAUCAUGUUUUUGAUCUACGAGUACAUGGAGAAAGGUAGCUUGUUCUCUGGCUUGUAUGAUGAAGUUGAAGCCGUGGAAUUCAAUUGGAGAAAAAGGGUUAAUGUUAUUAAAGGUGUUGCAUUUGGUCUAUCAUAUCUUCAUCAUGAUUGCACCCCUGCCAUUGUGCAUAGAGAUGUAUCUACUGGCAAUAUCUUGCUAAACUCGGAGUGGAAGCCUAGUGUUUCUGACUUUGGCACAUCUCGAAUCCUUCAAUAUGAUUCAUCAAAUCGAACUAUAGUUGUUGGAACAAUUGGAUAUAUAGCUCCAGAACUUGCAUACACCAUGGUUGUGAGUGAAAAGUGCGAUGUAUAUAGUUUUGGAGUAGUGGCACUUGAAACUUUAAUGGGAAGACACCCUGGUGAUAUACUAUCAUAGCUUCAGUUAGCAUCGACUCAAGGCAUGAAAUUAUGUGAAGUAUUAGACCAGCGUCUCCCACUUCCAAAUAAUGUGAAGGUUUUACUUGACAUAAUUCGUGUUGCCGUAGUAGCAUUUGGAUGCUUAAAUCUCAACCCUUGCGCUCGACCAUCAAUGAAAAGUGUGUCACAGAGUUUUGUCCCAGAGAUUGCACCAUUAAACUUUCUGUUGGGUGAAAUUUCAGUGCAGCAACUCAUGAGUCAAGAAUUCAAAGCAUUAUUCCAUAUUGUGAACCCUUGA